AAUUGGGGUCAGUCCGUGGUCUGACCGCCUGCAGAAGGAGAAGGAUCAGACGUGUGACAGUUCCACCGUGUGACUCUGGCUCCAGGUACUCUGAGGGACAGACGUGUGGCUCCUGAGGACGGACGGACUCACAGCAGAAGCCCUCUCUCUCUCCCAUGUCUCUGAACGUGUCCUCCCCCCCCCUGGUGGUGAGGGGCGGUAUGGACGUGGACUCGGUCCUGAACUGGGUGUCCGUGGUCUUCGACCUGCUGACCGUGGGUCUGGGCCUGACUGGGAACGCCCUGGUCAUCUGGGUGGCCGGCUUCAAGCUCAAGCCGAACGUGACCAACGUGUGGCUGGUGAACCUGGCGGCGGCUGACCUGGUCUUCUGUCUGUCCCGGGUUCUGUCGCUGCUCAAGAAGCUCUACUUCGCCGGCUGGCCCUUCGGCGUCUUCCUCUGCAAGUUCAGCGGCUUCUUCAAGUACGCCAACAUGUUCUGCUCCGUCUUCCUGCUGGCCGCCAUCAGCCUGGACCGCGUCCUGUGCGUGUGGCGCCCCGUCUUCACGCGCCGGCACCGCACAUUGCGCGUUGCCCGGGUCGUUGCAGCGCUGGUGUGGGCGGCGGCCGUGGCCUUCAGCGCCCCCUACUUUGCAUACCGCCAGGUGUACCUGGACAAGCGCAACGAGACCAAGUGCUCGCUGAAGGUGAAGGAGGCGUCCGCCGGUGACAACACGGCCAAGCUGGUGCUGUACUCCAUCCGCUUCCUGUGUGGCUUCCUAUUGCCUUUCAUGGUCAUCCUGGCGUGCUACGUGCUGGCCGGCGUAGGCAUCCGACGCCGGCGCCUCUCGGGGAAGUCCCGCACGCUGCGUAUCCUGGCCUCGCUGGUGGCGGCCUUCUUCCUCUGCUGGGCGCCCUACCACUGCCUCCUGCUGGCCAAGAUGGUGAAUGGCAAGUCGGUGGCGCUGGACAUUAGCCUGACGCUGGCCAAGGGCCUGGCCUACCUCAACAGCUGCGUCAACCCGCUGCUGUACUUCUGCAUGGGCCUGGAGGUGCGGGGCUGCGUGCGGAAGGGCCUGGCGGCGGCGUGCGCACGGGGACUGGCGGGCGACGAUGGCGACGGGCCUAGCAGCCGGUCCUCGCAGCGCACCGUGGACAACCGCGGCGGCUCCGGCACCGUGAGGCUGAACGCCGCCGCCGCCGCCCAGAGCAAACGCAGGGGGGGUUUGACAGGGGGCGGGGUCUGA